AUAACUCCGGUAGCGGAACGGCGACCUCUAGCUCUGCUGCAUCAUCUAGUACAGGUACCUCUGGUAACAGCACUGCAAAUAAUGGUGAUCCACAAACAUCUCUGAGUUAGUUUUUUUUGUUAUGUUAUGACAUCCGCUCACUUCAUAUCAUCAUCAGCGCUCGACCCUCGUGUCAUUGGUAACUUUUCCAAUGACGGCCAAAGUCCACCGGUUACUGGACAGUCUCCGUCCCUCACGACUACGAACAACUUCAUCAACUUUUGCCUUACCGUCGAUGCUCCCAUUACCAAUGGCGAACAGAUCAAGACUGGUUCCUGCAAUCCCAUCCCCAUCGGCGCUAUCCCCACUACCGAUAACAUGCCGAGCUCCAAGUUCACGAACCCGCAAAACUUUGGUACCCUCAAGUCUAACACGGCGUUUGAUAUCACGAUGGCUAUUCAGAACAUGCAGACCGGCAAUUUCGUUAAUGCAACGGCGAACUAUUUCUCUGCGCCUCAACAGCUGAAUGCCCAGGGACAGAUUAUUGGGCAUACACAUGUUGUUAUCGAGGAGUUGGAUUCCCUCGACCAGAAAACACCUACUGAUCCCAAGACAUUUGCAUUCUUCAAGGGUGUGAACGGAGCGGCAGUCAACGGCGUGGUCACCGCCAGUGUUGACAAAGGUCUCCCAGCUGGCGUCUACAAGCUCAGUUCUAUCAACGCAGCAGCGAACCACCAGCCAGUCAUUGUUGCAAUUGCUCAGCAUGGUUCCUUGGAUGAUGUUGUCUUUUUCACUGUCACUGAUGAUGGACAGCCCGCAAGCAACAGUACUGCUUCAUCAUCAUCUGUGGCCUCUGAAAGUGUCUCGGCUACUGCGACGGCGGCUGCUAACAGUACUAGUAGUGUCGUUGCAUCAGCUUCAGUGACGGAUUCAGCUUCCGUUUCCGAUUCGGUUUCGGCUUCGGCUUCAGUGACGGCUUCAGCAUCUGAAGCCACUGCUUCUGCGACUAGUGCUGCUUCGACCAAGGGUGGAAAGAAUUCUUCGGCUACGAGCAAGGGUGAUACUGCAUCGGCUGUUGUGUCAGCCACGGACGCGGCGUCAUCAGGUGUCGCAUCUGCUACAGACGUUGCUUCAGCUACCGAUGCGGCUUCUGCUACGGCAAGCGACUCAGCCGCUGCAGAAACCUCAUCAGCUGCCGAGAAAAGCAAGGGUAAUGGGAAAAACUGAGUGAUACCCCGCACUUUACACGCAUAGAUACCUCACGUCGGGCCCGUUGAGGUACCGGUCGUUUCUUAGAGUGGGCUGGAAGACCGUAUUUAUUCAUGAUUCCCUCGAUUUUCGACUUUCUAGCAGUUGAUUU